UACUUACGAAGGAAGCUCUGAUUCUCCCCUGUUAUAUAAAUCAACAGGCGAGAGAAAGUCUCUCCUUUUCAGUGCUCAUACAGUCUUCCUUCUCUUUAGCAUGAUAAACGCCACAAGGGUCUCCCAAACAAAGGUGUAGGUGAGAGGAACAGAGAAGAGGAAGGGAAGAGCUUGGAGAGAUGGGUGUGAGGGCUAUCCAGAUUCUCAUCUUCCUUCUGGGCCUCCUCUUCUGUUCUGGAACGCUUGUUAAAGAACCAGACGAUGGCUCAUCUUCAUCUCCAACAUCACUUCUUCAGAUGGUUAAAAUGGACAAUGCAUCUCCAUCACAGAAAACUGUAGUUCCUAAGCUUGAAAAGAAAUCCAAAAGAGUGCUGUUUGUCAACACCAAGUUGAAAUCCUCAGACACAAUGCCUCAAAUGGAUGUUGUAACUCCAAUAACAGCAGUUCCAAUUGUCAAUCCAACGACCCCGACCACACCGACCCCGACGACUCCUACAUAUAAUCCAGUCCCAACAACACCGGCUAGUCCGACAACUCCUACAUAUAAUCCAGUCCCAACAACACCGGCUAGUCCGACGACUCCUACAUAUAAUCCAGUCCCAACAACACCGGCUAGUCCGACUACUCCAACGGCGACACCUAUUACGAACCCAUACACAUCUCCACCAUCAUCAUCAGGAGGUCAAAGCUGGUGUAUUGCGAGCCAAACUGCUUCAGAGACUGCAUUGCAGGUUGCUCUGGACUAUGCUUGUGGAUACGGAGGGGCAGAUUGUUCACAAAUUCAAUCAGGUGGAAGCUGUUAUAAUCCUAAUACCGUUCGUGAUCACGCAUCCUAUGCGUUCAAUGACUACUACCAGAAGAACCCAGUUCCGACUAGCUGUGAUUUUGGGGGGACUGCUACAAUCACCAACACUGAUCCAAGUACUUCUACAUGUCACUAUCCAUCAACAAGCAUCAACAGCACGAGUUCAUCUGUCCCCAACGCAACCAACCCAACUGGAUCAGAUGUGUUUGGAUCUGUCCCUCCAUCUCCCAGUGGCACUACCUCCAUGUCGACAGGCACGGCGCUUUUCUUCACACUGACAUGCCUCCUGAUGUCACCAAUCACUUUAAACCUGUACAAGUAGAGAUUACAGCCGCUUCUCCAGGGAGAACACGUGAAGAUUAGUUUCAUGGCUAUUGUUUACUACAGCAUGGAGUUCCAACGAAAGAACAAAGGGAUCCCUGUUAGCAUCUACCUUUCACUGUUGAGCCAUUGGUGCCGAUCAAAACAUGUUCCUAAACAGAGCCAUCAGCUAAAGAGAACCAUCUCCAGUAGGUUCCACCAGCAGAAAAGUUACAGAAUCUCUACUUUCCUAAGUUAUACUCUAGAAAGAAUAUAAGUUUUUCUUUUUCCCAUA